AUGAAGGAGUUGCGUCGCUUCGGCGAUCAGCACUACGAGAAGUUGCGGAAGGGCUGUCUGAAGAGCGGCCAUCUCUUCGUCGACACCCUCUUUCCUCCGACCAACGGAUCUCUUUUCCUCGAAGAAGGCCGCAGUUCCGACAUCGUCUGGAAGCGACCUGCGGUGGGUCCUAGAAGAAUAUUAUUUGGUCAAUGAGCAUUUUCCUUUGCUUGAGCCAAAUUUUUUCUCGCUCAAGUUCAGUUUUUUUUUCUUUUCCUACUGAACUUAAUGUUGUUUUAUGCACUCAUUGUCAAAAAAAAACUGAUUCUGACGCUAACUAAAUGAUAAGUUCUUAACGAAAGCUACAAAUAUUCAUUGCUCCGAGUUUACCGAUAGAAAUUUGACUCGCAAACAUCGAAUACGCUUCUGACUCUUAACGUCUUUAAUUUCAAAAUUUUUACCUCUACGCCUUUAAGGAGCUUCAUGAAGACCCACACUUAUUCGUUGAAGGAGCUUCUGCAAAUGACGUCACACAGGUUUUUAUUUCGAAGCGCAUUCGACGAUGUUCGGGAGCUAUUUUUAGGGAAUUCUGGGUAACUGUUGGUUUGUUUCUGCUUGCUCCGCUUUGACGCACAACCAAACACUUCUAGAUAGAGUGAGUUUGCUAUUUUACAAAUAUGUAAAAAAGAAAUUCCUCAGGUUAUUCCUUACGGCAACGCCCAGGAGUGGAGUCCGAAAAACCGAUACGCAGGAAUUUUCCGUUUCCGAUUUUGGAGAUUCGGCGUUUGGGUCGAAGUCGUCAUAGACGAUUUACUGCCAACUCGGUUAGUGAACCCUUAACUAUCUCUUAUUGUUUGCCUUUUCAGAGACGGAAAGCUCCUUUUCGCUCGCUCUAAAACUCCAAACGAAUUUUGGUCAGCGCUUCUUGAAAAGGCGUUCGCAAAGUACGUUCCGCUACCUCCUCCUUAUCUUUUUUUCUUGAAUCAAAAUAUGAGUACCAAAUUCAGGUUGUAUGGAUGCUAUGAAAAUCUGGUUGGCGGCCAUUUGUCGGACGCUUUGCAAGACGUUUCGAGCGGCGUUGCUGAAACUCUCAACGUGAAGAAAUUCUUAAAAGAAGUUGGUCUUGUGCUCUUUCUUUUGAGGUAUUGGUGCUUUUAACGAGUGAAAGUAAUUCCAAAAAAGCUCCUUCCUUCCUAACUUCGGUGUUCAAAGUGAGGAACUUCAGGACAUUCAAGACAAAAGCGGAAGACUGUACGACAAUUUGAAAACGGCGUUCGAUAAUGGGGCCUUGAUCGUUGCAGCUAUCGCGGUUCGUGUUUUGAUAUUGGAAUGUACAAAACAAUAAGAGAGCCUUGAUAAUCUUGGCGUUGCCAGGCUCGAACGAAAGAAGAGAUCGAAGAGUCUCUGGACUGCGGCCUGGUCAAAGGGCACGCCUACGCAGUGAGCGCCGUCCUCUCCAUCGACCUCAACCGGAUUCCCAACAGGAGCAGCAUUCGGUGAGUCUCACGACAUUUCUGAGCUUUUCGGGCGCUUCCGGACUUUCUCAAGCUUCUCAAUGUCGUCAGAGACAUAUAAUUGCAUUGCCACCCCGCUGAUCGCAUGUUCAGCUCGUUGUUGCUUGGGUCCAAGGAGAAGCAAAAGCUGAUUCGGCUUCAGAAUCCGUGGGGAGAAAAGGAGUGGAACGGCGAGUGGAGCGACAACAGUUCUGAAUGGCUCAAUGUUCGUUUUUCUGUCUCCAGGGAUUAUUCAUACAGUUAUCUCAGGUCUCCGAUGAGAAAAAACUGGAGCUCAAUGUCACAGUUGACGAGGACGGCGAUUUUUGGUUGGUUUUAGAAUUUUCUUUUCUUUUCAAAAAAAAUCUUUUCACUAUUAGAAAGAAAAAGGAAAUUUCAGAUGUUCUUAGACGUGCUAUUUUCUAGUGCGCAGGUGAAUUGUUAUAAAAAAGAGUUUUUAGGACUCGAUUAAAGAUUGAAAACUCUAUCUUUUUCCUCACAGAUAGUUUUAAUACGGGACAAAGGACCUGUAGAAAAUGCUUGCAACUUUGACGGUUAAAAUAAAAAUCGCACAGGAUGCCGUGGGAAUCGUUCGUCUACUACUUCACGGACAUUUCGCUGUGCCAAUUGUUCAACACCAACAUAUUCUCCCUGUCGAAAAGGUACCAUGAAGAAGUGGUGCACGACGAGUGGACGACGCACGGAAAGAAGAGUGGCGCUCCCGACGACCGCGCCGGCGGCUGUCUCAACUUCCCGGCCACCUUCUGCAACAACCCACAGGUGAUUCGUGUCUUCAGAAAUUUUUUUUCCUCAUUUCAUUCCUCUUGAGAAUGAAUGAAUGACAAAACAGGAAAAAUACUGAAAGAAUCAAGAGAAUGGCUCUUUCCUUUGAUAGUUCUAUAGAAUUAGUCCAGCUUUCUUUGAAACAUCAGAACAGGAACUUUACGAACAUUCUGUAAUACUUUUCGCCCUAUUUAUGUCUUAUCAAACUUUUUCUUAAUCUGAUUUCAUCCGUUUCUGUUCAAAAAAUACUAUUUCACGUUUUUUAUUUGUAUUUAACGUUGUGAUCUGCACACAUGCACUCCUGGGCUGAUGGAUGAAGAUAACCUAAUACUAAUGUCAGUCUCUCUUCAUGAUUUAAUGAAACAUUUAAACUUUUUGUUUUGACUUCUUUUUUUCAAGUCUUCUGCAGCCAGAUGCUUGACUAGAAAAACCUACACUCACUGAUCAGUUUCUGACUGCUUACAGUACUCUUUCGACGUGCCGAUGGACGACUGCGAGAUCAUGUUCGCUCUGACUCAACGAGAAGUUUCCGAAGGGAUGAAGAAAAGAGAGCCUUACGUCACGAUCGGCAUGCAUCUCAUGCGUGUUGAGAACAACCGCGUCCACCGAGUCCAUCAGGUUAAUCUUUUUUCUCCCAAAAGAUAUUCAACAACAUUAUCGAGCUAUGCAGGCGAUGCAAGCUGUCGGGACGUCGGAAUACGCAAACGCCCGGUCUGUAUUCUUGCACCUGAGGUCGUUGGCUGCUGGCAGAUACGUCCUGAUGCCGACGACCUACGCUCCUCGGGAGCAGACCAACUUUUUGCUCAGGAUGUACUCUGACCAGAAAGUCAGACUGACACCACUAACAAAGGUUCGUUCCUCUGCAAAUCGAGGAAUCCUUGACGACUUCAGCACUCUCCGAAGCUUGGUUUGUUCGGGUGCAAAUCUGCACAGAGCGUCACUCGCAUCACGAUUCACGGCGCUGCUCUCGACCUUGCAACAGACGGUAUGACUUCUUCAAGUUCAACUGAAUCCUCAAAAAAUUCAGGAGUGCGAGCGUAUGCAGUGCUUAUUUGCAACGGGAAAGAAGUAUCGAACGGCGACUUCUUUGCCGUCGAAAUCUCCCAUGUGGAAUGAACAAUUCGUCUAUCACAGGUCGGUAGUAGCCCUUUAUGAAGAAAGAAAAUUUCGAAACUCUUUGGACCUUGUAAAAAAGACGAUGCACGUGUUGCAGGAACGACCAGCGACAAAGCUAUUUGGUGGAGGUUUGGGAGGAUCGUCAGAUGGCCCGAGAUCAUCUCAUCGGCCGCGCUCCCAUCGUCGCUCUCAUAGACAACGAGAAUCGCCAGUCCAAGUAUGAGCUCCUCGACGACUCCCGUCGAACCACCGCUUCUGUCGAUGUCACUGUCUCCGCCUUCGACGACCCUAUGUACCUCUGA